AACACCGCGCGUUCUUCAGUCGUGCCUCGCGCGUCCAACGAGCCGCACGCGAGGUGGAUUAUGUGCGCGUUUCGAGUUCACGAUUAGGCACGUAAAAUCGGCAGAUCGGCAAAUCGCGCGUGUUCCUCCGGUGGUCUCCGGUGCUCGAUACGUUAAAACGUGAAGACUCGCCUCAUCAUCGCCGGUGAAACGCCGAUCCCCAUAAAGCCAUGGAUUAAACACGGAGGUGGGGCGAAAAGACACAAUCGGGUGGUGAUCUAAGAAUGACAUAGAAUCGAUCGGUCGGCAGGAUGUGCUACGUGAUAGUCACCGGACGUAGUCUACUGUGGACACUCUUGUCUCUGGCAGCGUUGAUGGCAGUUUUGUCGGGCCUCAUCACUCCCAGAUGGCUCGUGGGACCACCGACGAUUAAGGAUACGAAGAACGGCACGGAACUGUACACGCCAACCGUCGGAAUCUUCAAUCGCUGCACAAGAUUAUUCGGCAAGACGCACUGCGCGAAUUUCAACGUCGACGGCUUCGCGACGGACCCCAAUGUCUUCCCGGGAUGCUGGAAGGCGUCCCUGUUCUUCCUGUCUGCGGGCCUGGCGGUGAUGUCGGUGACCGUGGUGGCCGCUCUACUCGGAUGCUGCGUGCAGAGCAUCGGCCGCAAGAGCAUCUUCAAUCUGGCGGGAGUGGCGCAAGCCGUUGCCGGAAUACUAUACCUCUUUGGGAUGAUCCUGUAUCCCGCCGGAUGGGGCGCAGAAAGGGUGCAAAGGAUCUGCGGUCCUGAAGCCGACGCCUUCUAUCUUGCUAACUGCAGUCUUGGUUGGGCGUUUUAUAGCGCGGCGAUCGGUGUCGCUCUCACCUUCGUCUGCGCCGCCUUUAGCGGACAGGCGGAGAAGUCGACGGCCAGCGACAAGGUCCAGGACAAAAUGAACGAGGGAAAGACCCUAAUAUGCUUAGCCUGAGCGUGCAAAUAAAAUCAGCGAGGGGUCUCGCUAUAACCACGAUGCAAAACGUCGAAAUGGGAUAUUCGAAGAAGGCCAACAGAACCAGAAAGCAUAUUCACCUCGUUGUGUUCAUCGCGUGGUAGAAACGGAGAAAAAAGUUUUGUCGUGAAAUUGUUGCACGAUCGGAAUAAUCAAUCGCGGGCCCGUGAGAGGAAUGAACAUUUUACCGAAUGUCAUACGCGAAACAUUCAUACGAAGAUAAAGUAUCACAUUGUACUUACCGUCUUCCCAUAUUCACCGUAAUUUAUACGAACGCCUGUGGUGUUCGCAGAGAAAAUUCCUAUUUUAUACCUUAUACAUGUACUUCUAUAUAUCAAAGAGAAAUAUAAAAUGAAUUGUGGAUAUUCGAGUUUUGUUCACUCGAUGUAAAUAAGGUGAAUAUACUGUCGCAACGAGAGAGAAUAUA